GCUGUAUUAGCUCCCACUAGUCUCACUUUUGUUCUUGCAGAGCACAGCUUGAUGGCAGUAUUGAAGACCACUUGUCCAAUCUUUUGACAGCUUUGAAGAUCAAGACCAGGACAUUAAACUUAAUCUGGUAUUUCACUGGAAGCUAAUGAAGUUACCAAAGCACCAAGGUGAUUGUGCUUAUGAUGAUAUAUGGUGCCUAAUAGGAGAGUUUCACAUGUUGCAGAGCUUUUCAGUGUCUCUUAAUUCCUAGCUAUAUUGUGUGUUGUACUAAUCAAAUCUGCCAUGGUGGUGGUGACAAAUAAUUUGAAACAGUUCCCUCUUCUUCACAGCAGCUCUGACUUGUCUGGGUUUAGUUUCACACAGUUUACCAAUCAGGUGCUGAAUUAUUUCAGGGGUUUGGGAUAUGGCGCUAUUUGUGUUUCAUGUAAAACUGGAACUUGUCUUUAUGCAACUGCCACUUAACUCCUCUUACCUCCUCGCAGACAGAUUUGAACUUAAUGGGUGAAAUAGAACAAAGGUUCAGAGGCCACGAGAGAGGACAGCUCUGUCUGGGGACAGUUUCCCCUGGCAGGAACCAAGGAAGUGCGAGGCUAGACCCGCCUUAACGUCCAUCCAGGGGUGGCUCUAUGUUUUUUGCCGCCCCAAGCACGGCAGUCAGGCGGCCUUCGGUGUCAUGCCUGCGGGCGGCCGGCGCUCACGCAGCGUUUCUGGGGUGAUCUGCCGGUCCCGCGGCUUCGGCCCUGUCUCUGGCUGACGGCGGCCAGCAGUGGAGGCUGCAGAGCCUAGCACAAUACCCCUGCCAUAGCCAGUUGCAAGCGUCCAGCCCAGCGGGGUCUGGGGCCAGGUUCAGAGUUGUCUCCUCCCGGGCCGAGCAGAACCCGUGGAGAUAGGAGCGCGGACACCACAUGCCCCAGCGCUGGGCCGCAGCUCAGUCCGGACAGUGCUGGGCUCCCGUGUAGCUCGGGCAGCGCCUGUGGGCUGCCGGCUGGGGCCGAUACACGGCAACCGCCUCGUACAGUAACGGGCUGGAUGCAGGGUCAGCCCGGCCGGGGCGCGGCUGGAGGGAGAGGUGUUCCCUGUGUUACUCCCCCCGCGGGCCGGGCACCACUCCCUGCCCCGUUCCAGGCCGGCCCUUCCUGAAGCCGGAACGUUCCUCCCGCGGCCCGGCACGCCGGUCGGACGAGUUGCAACGCACCGAGCGGGGGUUGGUUCCGAGAGUUUGCCCCGGGGAGCUCGAGCUCGGUCCUGGCAGUAUUGUAAGUAAGCAGUUUUGGACAGACCGACAGACAUGGAUGACGAGCCUGAAAGAACCAAACGCUGGGAAGGGGGUUAUGAAAGAACAUGGGAGGUUCUCAAAGAAGAUGAAUCUGGGUCACUGAAAGCAACUAUAGAGGACAUUCUUUUUAAGGCAAAGAGAAAAAGAAUCUUUGAACACCAUGGGCAAGUUAGACUUGGAAUGAUGCGUCACCUUUAUGUGGUGGUAGAUGGAUCAAGAACUAUGGAGGACCAAGAUUUAAAACCUAACAGGCUUACGUGUACCUUAAAGUUAUUGGAAUAUUUUGUUGAAGAAUACUUUGACCAGAAUCCUAUUAGUCAGAUUGGUAUAAUUGUAACUAAGAGUAAAAGAGCUGAAAAGCUGACAGAACUUUCAGGAAACCCAAGAAAGCAUACAACUGCUCUGAAGAAAGCUGUAGAUCUGACCUGCCAUGGAGAACCAUCUCUGUAUAACUCUUUAAAUUUGGCCAUGCAGACUUUAAAGCACAUGCCAGGACAUACAAGCAGAGAGGUUUUGAUUAUCUUCAGUAGCCUGACAACGUGUGAUCCAUCUAAUAUCUAUGAUCUAAUUAAGUGUUUAAAGGCAGUUAAGAUCAGAGUAUCUGUCAUCGGCCUAUCUGCUGAAGUUCGAGUUUGUACUGUACUUGCCCGAGAAACGGGUGGAACAUACCAUGUAAUUUUAGAUGAAAGCCACUAUAAGGAGCUGCUGAUGCAUCAUAUUAGCCCUCCACCUGCCAGUUCAAGUUCUGAAUGCUCCCUUAUUCGAAUGGGUUUUCCUCAGCAUACCAUUGCAUCUCUCUCUGAUCAGGAUGCUAAACCAUCAUUUAGCAUGGCGCACUUGGAAAACAACAGUGAUCCAGGUCUCACGUUGGGUGGAUAUUUCUGUCCCCAGUGUAGGGCCAAAUACUGUGAACUCCCUGUGGAAUGCAAAAUCUGUGGUCUUACAUUAGUCUCUGCACCCCAUCUAGCUCGGUCUUACCAUCACCUGUUUCCUUUGGAUGCCUUUCAAGAAGUUACACUGGAAGAAUAUAAAGGAGAACGCUAUUGUCAAGGCUGCCAAGGGGAGAUUAAAGAUCAACAUGUUUACAUUUGUAAAGUCUGCCAGAAUGUAUUUUGUGUGGAAUGUGACUUAUUUGUUCAUGAUUCUCUGCACUGCUGUCCUGGCUGCAUUCACAAGCAUCCUACUCCUCCAUGCAUAUGAUACCAGGUGUUCAUAGAGAUUGUCCUACCGGUUUCAUUCUUGCACAAAGAGUCACAUUAGAAGAAAUACCUAGGUGAAUGCAGUAACAAUGAAGAUUUGCUAGGGGAACAAACAACUUUUAGUUAAUGUAUAGAAUUGGAAUAUUUAAAUUCUCAUGGUUAAUGUUUAUAAAAAUAUCUAUAUCUGAUGUAUUUCCCUCACUUGUUUUGUAAACCUUUGACUUAUUCAAGAGUCAUUCUAAAUAAAUGUGUAAAUCUGUGUGUGGAAAAGUGAUAAAAAUGGAUUUGUAUGCUAAAA